UCUGGCCUGCCUGCCGGCCUUUGUGAGGCUCUCCCUCGGUCUGGUCUCCUGAUCUCUGCAACAAUGAAGAUCAGGCUGGGCUGACUCUGAAGCUCCUGUCCAGUCAGCUAGAAUGGACCUACCUGGUUAUCAAAGACAGGAGACCCAGUCUUCUGUCAACCACUCUAAUGACCAAACGGAUCUGUUACCUUUGGAAGGACCAUCAACAUCUCAGGAGUUUAAGACAGAGUCAGACAGCAGACCAGAAUCUGAGGAGAGCUGUCCUGUUUGUGGAGACAAAGUGUCAGGAUAUCACUAUGGGCUGCUCACUUGUGAAAGCUGCAAGGGCUUCUUUAAACGCUCAGUGCAGAAUAACAAGCAUUACACCUGUGCAGAACAACAAAGCUGCCCCAUGAACCUUUGGCAGAGAAAACGCUGUCCGUCCUGUCGCUUCCAAAAGUGUUUGGCAGUGGGCAUGAAGAGAGAAGCUGUGAGAGCAAAUCGUAUGAGGGGUGGCAGGAAUAAAUUUGGCCCUCUGUAUCGACGGGACAGGCUGUUUAAACAGCAAAAUGUGUGUCACCAGGCAAACACGGCUUCAUAUAGGAUCAAGAUGGAAACAACCCAGAGACACCAGCCAGUAGCUCCAGAUCUUAAUCUAAUGAGCAGUCACACCAAUGAUCCUUCACCUUCUGCUUUUCAUCAGUCCCACAUUUACCCCUCUGGCAUGGGACAGUCGAGUGUGCCCAUGCCUCUGGACUGCUCUAUGAGCACAGACAGAGUGCUCACUCCUCCAUCUCUGCCCUUUUCUGGACUGUAUCACCACAACUUCCCUGGACACCUUCAAAACAAACGAGAAAUGCCUUUUACCUACACAGCAGCCUCAGCAAACUACUCAUUGCAUCCAGUUAGUUCAUUCCCAUCAAGGAGCACACAGGCAUCAUCCCCCUGCUCAACAUCAAGCUCAAUCAUGCCUCUUUCUCAAACCCCCAACCAAUCCUAUCAAAACCCCCCUUCAGUCCCUCCGACACAAAACUUUCUAAGCCAGCUCCUAGAGGGGGAUCAAGAUGAGAGCCAGCUGUGCGCCAAAGUCCUCGCCAGUCUGCAGAGAGAACAGGCCAACAGGGGAAAACAUGACUGCCUGAAUACAUUCAGCAUCAUGUGCAAAAUGGCUGACCAGACUCUGUUUGGACUUGUGGAGUGGGCCAGGAACAGUUCACUGUUCAAGGAGCUCAAGGUAGAAGACCAGAUGGUGCUGCUACAGAGCUGCUGGAGUGAACUGCUGGUCCUUGAUCACCUUUGUAGACAGGUGACCUACGGGAAAGAAGGCUGCAUUUAUCUAGUCACAAAACAACAGAUCGAUGUUUCGACUGUCAUCUCUCAAGCAGGUCCAACACUGAGUGCCCUGGUAUCAAGAACACAGGACCUAGUGUCAAAACUGAAGGCACUCCAGUUAGACAGACACGAGUUUGUUUGUCUCAAGCACUUAGUACUAUUCAACCCUGAUGUGAAGUCAGUGCAGAGCCGAAGGCAGGUGGAGCAGACUCAAGAAAGGGUUAACAGGGCCCUGAUGGAGCACACCCAACAAAGCCAUCCAGGACACGCAGACAAGUUCGGCCAGCUGCUGCUACGGCUACCUGAAGUACGCAGCAUAAGCUUACAGGUGGAAGAGUAUCUGUAUCAGCGCCAUCUUCUAGGAGAUUUGCCCUGCAACUCCCUACUCUCUGAGAUGCUGCACACGAAGCACAACUGAGAAAAUGCUGCUGGAUAUUCAAGCCUGAGACACACAAAAGAGGCACAGCCUGAGUUUAGUGCAGUCAAUUUUGUACCUCCUGUUUAGAAUUAUCGACCAAACUAAACUUUUUACUCUUGUAAAUGUUUUUAAUUGUCUAGAGCUAACAUAUCCAUAACAAACCUCGGCAACUGACAAAAUAUGAAUACUUGAGUAACCUGUGUCCAACUUCAUCCAUGUGUUAUUAUAAGCAGUAUUUAUCACAGUAUAAAGGCCCCGUGUACCUUUUAUUUCUGUAAGCACUGUUCUAAGGAUUUGAAAUCCAAGCACUACCAUGAUAGUACAUAAAGCCCCACUGUGUAAAGCAAAAAGACAAAUGCAACACUGAAUAAAGAACUUUUUUUUUUUGAUGUGCCUUUGCAGACUCUAAACACAUAACUGAUACUUCUCAACUUACACAUGUGGACAAAAUCGUUGGUACCCUUCCAUUAAAGAAAGA